AUGAACGGCUGCGCAGGAACGGCUGCGCAGGAACGGCUGCGCAGGAACGGCUGCGCAGGAACGGCUGCGCAGGAACGGCUGCGCAGGUACGGCUGCGCAGGAACGGCUGCGCAGGAACGGCUGCGCAGGAACGGCUGCGCAGGAACGGCUGCGCAGAAACGGCUGCGCAGGAACGGCUGCGCAGGAACGGCUGCGCAGGAACGGCUGCGCAGGAACGGCUGCGCAGGAACGGCUGAGCAGGAACGGCUGCGCAGGAACGGCUGCGCAGGAACGGCUGCGCAGGAACGGCUGCGCAGGAACGGCUGCGAAGGAACGGCUGCGCAGAAACGGCUGCGCAGUAACGGCUGCGCGGGAACGGCUGCGCGGAAACGGCUGCGCGGGAACGGCUGCGCGGGAACGGCUGCGCGGGAACGGCUGCGCGGAAACGGCUGCGCAGAAGCGGCUGCGCAGAAGCGGCUGCGCAGAAGCGGCUGCGCAGAAGCGGCUGCGCAGAAGCGGCUGCGCAGAAGCGGCUGCGCAGAAGCGGCUGCGCAGAAGCGGCUGCGCAGAAGCGGCUGCGCAGAAGCGGCUGCGCAGAAGCGGCUGCGCAGAAGCGGCUGCGCAGAAGCGGCUGCGCAGAAGCGGCUGCGCAGAAGCGGCUGCGCAGAAGCGGCUGCGCAGGAACGGCUGCGCAGGAACGUCUGCGCAGGAACGUCUGCGCAGGAACGUCUGCGCAGGAACGUCUGCGCAGGAACGUCUGCGCAGGAACGUCUGCGCAGGAACGUCUGCGCAGGAACGUCUGCGCAGGAACGGCUGCGCAGGAACGGCUGCGCAGGAACGGCUGCGCAGGAACGGCUGCGCAGGAACGGCUGCGCAGGAACGGCUGCGCAGGAACGGCUGCGCAGUAACGGCUGCGCAGAACGGCUGCGCAGGAACGGCUGCGCAGUAACGGCUGCGCAGGAACGGCUGCGCAGGAACGGCUGCGCAGGAACGGCUGCGCAGGAACGGCUGCGCAGGAACGGCUGCGCAGGAACGGCUGCGCAGGAACGGCUGCGCAGGAACGGCUGCGCAGGAACGGCUGCGCAGGAACGGCUGCGCAGGAACGGCUGCGCAGAAACGGCUGCGCAGAAACGGCUGCGCAGAAACGGCUGCGCAGGAACGGCUGCGCAGGAACGGCUGCGCAGGAACGGCUGCGCAGGAACGGCUGCGCAGGAACGGCUGCGCAGGAACGGCUGCGCAGGAACGGCUGCGCAGGAACGGCUGCGCAGAACGGCUGCGCAGGAACGGCUGCGCAGGAACGGCUGCGCAGAAGCGGCUGCGCAGAAGCGGCUGCGCAGAAGCGGCUGCGCAGAAGCGGCUGCGCAGAAGCGGCUGCGCCGAAGCGGCUGCGCCGAAGCGGCUGCGCAGAAGCGGCUGCGCAGAAGCGGCUGCGCAGAAGCGGCUGCGCAGAAGCGGCUGCGCAGAAGCGGCUGCGCAGAAGCGGCUGCGCAGAACCGGCUGCGCAGAAGCGGCUGCGCAGAAGCGGCUGCGCAGAAGCGGCUGCGCAGAAGCGGCUGCGCAGAAGCGGCUGCGCAGAAGCGGCUGCGCAGAAGCGGCUGCGCAGAAGCGACUGCGCAGAAGCGGCUGCGCAGAAGCGGCUGCGCAGAAGCGGCUGCGCAGAAGCGGCUGCGCAGAAGCGGCUGCGCAGAAGCGGCUGCGCAGAAGCGGCUGCGCAGAAGCGGCUGCGCAGCGGCUGCGCAGGAGCGGCUGCGCAGGAGCGGCUGCGCAGAAACGGCUGCGCAGAAACGGCUGCGCAGAAACGGCUGCGCAGAAACGGCUGCGCAGAAACGGCUGCGCAUAAACGGCUGCGCAGAAACGGCUGCGCAGAAACGGCUGCGCAUAAACGGCUGCGCAGGAACGGCUGCGCAGGAACGGCUGCGCAGGAACGGCUGCGCAGGAACGGCUGCGCAGGAACGGCUGCGCAGGAACGGCUGCGCAGGAACGGCUGCGCAGGAACGGCUGCGCAGGAACGGCUGCGCAGGAACGGCUGCGCAGAACGGCUGCGCAGGAACGGCUGCGCAGGAACGGCUGCGCAGAAGCGGCUGCGCAGAAGCGGCUGCGCAGAAGCGGCUGCGCAGAAGCGGCUGCGCAGAAGCGGCUGCGCCGAAGCGGCUGCGCCGAAGCGGCUGCGCAGAAGCGGCUGCGCAGAAGCGGCUGCGCAGAAGCGGCUGCGCAGAAGCGGCUGCGCAGAAGCGGCUGCGCAGAAGCGGCUGCGCAGAACCGGCUGCGCAGAAGCGGCUGCGCAGAAGCGGCUGCGCAGAAGCGGCUGCGCAGAAGCGGCUGCGCAGAAGCGGCUGCGCAGAAGCGGCUGCGCAGAAGCGGCUGCGCAGGAACGGCUGCGCAGGAACGGCUGCGCAGGAACGGCUGCGCAGGAACGGCUGCGCAGGAACGGCUGCGCAGGAACGGCUGCGCAGUAACGGCUGCGCAGUAACGGCUGCGCAGAAACGGCUGCGCAGGAACGGCUGCGCAGGAACGGCUGCGCAGGAACGGCUGCGCAGGAACGGCUGCGCAGGAACGGCUGCGCAGAAGCGGCUGCGCAGAAGCGGCUGCGCAGAAGCGGCUGCGCAGAAGCGGCUGCGCAGAAACGGCUGCGCAGAAGCGGCUGCGCAGAAGCGGCUGCGCAGAAGCGGCUGCGCCGAAGCGGCUGCGCCGAAGCGGCUGCGCAGAAGCGGCUGCGCAGAAGCGGCUGCGCAGAAGCGGCUGCGCAGAAGCGGCUGCGCAGAAGCGGCUGCGCAGAAGCGGCUGCGCAGAAGCGGCUGCGCAGAAGCGGCUGCGCAGAAGCGGCUGCGCAGAAGCGGCUGCGCAGAAGCGGCUGCGCAGAAGCGGCUGCGCAGAAGCGGCUGCGCAGAAGCGGCUGCGCAGAAGCGGCUGCGCAGAAGCGGCUGCGCAGAAGCGGCUGCGCAGAAGCGGCUGCGCAGAAGCGGCUGCGCAGAAGCGGCUGCGCAGAAGCGGCUGCGCAGAAGCGGCUGCGAACAGCUGCGCAGGAACAGCUGCGCAGGAACAGCUGCGCAGGAACAGCUGCGCAGGAACAGCUGCGCAGGAACAGCUGCGCAGGAACAGCUGCGCACGAACAGCUGCGCAGGAACAGCUGCGCAGGAACAGCUGCGCAGGAACAGCUGCGCAGGAACAGCUGCGCAGGAACGGCUGCGCAGGAACGGCUGCGCACGAACGGCUGCGCAGGAACGGCUGCGCAGGAACGGCUUCGCAGGAACGGCUGCGCAUAAACGGCUGCGCAUAAACGGCUGCGCAGAAGCGGCUGCGCAGAAGCGGCUGCGCAGAAGCGGCUGCGCAGGAACAACUACGCAGAAGCAGCUGCGCAGAAGCAGCUGCGCAGGAACAGCUGCGCAGGAACAGCUGCGCAGGAACGGCUGCGCAGGAACGGCUGCGCAGGAACGGCUGCGCAGGAACGGCUGCGCAGGAACGGCUGCGCAGGAACGGCUGCGCAGGAACGGCUGCAAGCGGCUGCGCAGAAGCGGCUGCGCAGAAGCGGCUGCGCAGAAGCGGCUGCGCAGGAACAGCUGCGCAGAAGCGGCUGCGCAGAAGCGGCUGCGCAGGAACGGCUGCGCAGGAACGGCUGCGCAGGAACGGCUGCGCAGGAACGGCUGCGCAGGAACGGCUGCGCAGGAACGGCUGCGCAGGAACGGCUGCGCAGGAACGGCUGCGCAGGAACGGCUGCGCAGGAACGGCUGCGCAGGAACGGCUGCGCAGGAACGGCUGCGCAGGAACGGCUGCGCAGGAACGGCUGCGCAGAAGCGGCUGCGCAGAAGCGGCUGCGCAGAAGCGGCUGCGCAGAAGCGGCUGCGCAGAAGCGGCUGCGCAGAAGCGGCUGCGCAGAAGCGGCUGCGCAGAAGCGGCUGCGCAGAAGCGGCUGCGCAGAAGCGGCUGCGCAGAAGCGGCUGCGCAGAAGCGGCUGCGCAGAAGCGGCUGCGCAAAAGCGGCUGCGCAGGAACAGCUGCGCAGAAGCGGCUGCGCAGGAACGGCUGCGCAGGAACGGCUGCGCAGAAACAGCUGCGCAGGAACAGCUGCGCAGGAACAGCUGCGCAGGAACAGCUGCGCAGGAACAGCUGCGCAGAAACGGCUGCGCAGAAACGGCUGCGCAGGAACGGCUGCGCAGAAACGGCUGCGCAGAAACGGCUGCGCAGAAACGGCUGCGCAGGAACGGCUGCGCAGGAACGGCUGCGCAGGAACGGCUUCGCAGGAACGGCUUCGCAGGAACGGCUUCGCAGGAACGGCUGCGCAGGAACGGCUGCGCAGGAACGGCUGCGCAGGAACGGCUGCGCAGGAACGGCUGCGCAGGAACGGCUGCGCAGGAACGGCUGCGCAGAACGGCUGCGCAGGAACGGCUGCGCAGGAACGGCUGCGCAGGAACGGCUGCGCAGGAACGGCUGCGCAGGAACGGCUGCGCAGGAACGGCUGCGCAGGAACGGCUGCGCAGGAACGGCUGCGCAGAAGCGGCUGCGCAGAAGCGGCUGCGCAGAAGCGGCUGCGCAGAAGCGGCUGCGCAGAAGCGGCUGCGCAGAAGCGGCUGCGCAGAAGCGGCUGCGCAGAAGCGGCUGCGCAGAAGCGGCUGCGCAGAAGCGGCUGCGCAGAAGCGGCUGCGCAGAAGCGGCUGCGCAGAAGCGGCUGCGCACAAAGCGGCUGCGCACAAAGCGGCUGCGCACAAAGCGGCUGCGCACAAAGCGGCUGCGCACAAAGCGGCUGCGCACAAAGCGGCUGCGCACAAGCGGCUGCGCACAAGCGGCUGCGCACAAGCGGCUGCGCACAAGCGGCUGCGCAGAAGCGGCUGCGCAGAAGCGGCUGCGCAGGAACGGCUGCGCAGAAGCGGCUGCGCAGGAACAGCUGCGCAGGAACAGCUGCGCAGGAACAGCUGCGCAGGAACAGCUGCGCAGGAACAGCUGCGCAGGAACGGCUGCGCAGGAACGGCUGCGCAGGAACGGCUGCGCAGGAACGGCUGCGCAGGAACGGCUGCGCAGAAACGGCUGCGCAGGAACGGCUGCGCAGGAACGGCUGCGCAGGAACGGCUGCGCAGGAACGGCUGCGCAGGAACGGCUGCGCAGGAACGGCUGCGCAGGAACGGCUGCGCAGGAACGGCUGCGCAGGAACGGCUGCGCAGGAACGGCUGCGCAGGAACGGCUGCGCAGGAACGGCUGCGCAGGAACGGCUGCGCAGGAACGGCUGCGCAGGAACGGCUGCGCAGGAACGGCUGCGCAGGAACGGCUGCGCAGAAGCGGCUGCGCAGAAGCGGCUGCGCAGAAGCGGCUGCGCAGAAGCGGCUGCGCAGAAGCGGCUGCGCAGAAGCGGCUGCGCAGAAGCGGCUGCGCAGAAGCGGCUGCGCAGAAGCGGCUGCGCACAAAGCGGCUGCGCACAAAGCGGCUGCGCACAAAGCGGCUGCGCACAAAGCGGCUGCGCACAAAGCGGCUGCGCAGAAGCGGCUGCGCAGAAGCGGCUGCGCAGAAGCGGCUGCGCAGAAGCGGCUGCGCAGAAGCGGCUGCGCAGAAGCGGCUGCGCAUAAACGGCUGCGCAGAAACGGCUGCGCAUAAACGGCUGCGCAUGAACGGCUGCGCAUGA